CCUAAAGGCGGUGGAGUCUGUAGCUGUAGUUCAGUUAUAAUGGGGAACAUUUUUGAAAAGCUUUAUAAAAGUCUGCUCGGAAAAAAAGAGAUGUGUAUUCUUAUGUUGGGUUUGGAUGGAGUUGGAAAAACCACUAUCUUGUAUAAACUGAAGCUGGGAAAGACUGUAGAUGCCAUUCCUACAAUAGGUUUCAAUGUGGAGACGGUAGAGUAUAAAGGUAUCAGCCUCACAGUCCGGGAUGGUGCUAGCCAUUACAGAGUAAGACCUUUGUGGCGACAUUAUUUCCGGAACACAAAUGGUGUGAUUUUUGUGGUUGACAGUAGUGACAGAGAGCGGGUUGGUGAGGCCCAGGAAGAACUCCUCAGAUUGUUAGUGGAAGAUGAGCUCAGAGAUGCAGUUUGGUUGGUGCUUGCAAAUAAACAGGAUCUUCCCAAUGCUAUGAAGGUAGCAGAGAUAACAGACAAGAUGGGCCUCCAUUCCUUCCACUACAGAAACUGGCACAUUCAGGCUACAUGUGCCAUCAGCGGAGAUGGGCUUUACGAAGGCCUGGACUGGUUCUCCAACCAGCUUGCAAACCAGAAGUGAUCAGAAGUGAUCAGAAGCAAUCCAUUCCCUGUGCAUUGUGGGAAAAUCAUCUGGCCUCUUCUCCAGUGCACAUGCGCAAGCAAAGAGUCGUGUGUGCUGUGUGGCUGGGGCCCGGGAGGGAGGGAGCUCUCUCAUGCUGUGCCUUAUCUACUCUGUAAGAAAACAUUAUUAUAUCUUGGCCGGGCGCGUUGGAUCACACUUGUAAUCCUAGCAGUCUCGGAGGCUGAGGCGGG